UAUCACCGGAAAUGUAGGUUGAAGUUUGUUUCGUUUCAAUGAAGAGCUGACGAAUGGCGACCUAAAACACGUGUCGAGAUUCUGGGAAUGGGAGAUACUGCAAAAGAUGAAGAAAGUCACAGCAAUGAUGACGUUAGCCAAUCACAGAUGCAAUGUAAUAUUUUGUACAAGAGUGACAACUACAUUGUUGUGGACAAACACUUUGACAUGAAAAUAAACACAAAUAAACCUGAUGAUGGAGUUACUGUUGAGACCUUGCUUUGCCGAGAUUACCCAGACUUACGGGAUGAAAAGGUGUCACAUAGUUUCAGGUUCACACAUCGUUUGGAUUAUGCAACAAGUGGUGCAUUAUGUUUGGCUCUCAACAAGAAAGCAGCAAAGAAAAUGCAAAUGGCAUUUCUUCGACAUGAAGUCAUCAAACACUAUCUGGCCUUGGUACGAGGGCAUGUAAAUAUCAAACAACAAUAUGUUGAUAUCAGCAUUGGCAAAAACAGUUUUAUUACAGAUUUUCAUAAAAUGUGCACCUCUGGUACACGAGGAUGUUUAAAUGCUCGAUCAUGUCUGACGCAUAUUAUCUGCUUAGAACAUGGAACAUAUGACGGAGAUCCUGUAUCAAAAGUUCUCUUGAUUCCCAAAACAGGUCGCACUCAUCAGUUACGGGUCCAUUGUGCCCACAUAGGACAUUGUAUUGUUGGAGAUCAUACCUACAGUGAUAAACAAGAUAGCAAACCAUUCCGAAUGAUGCUACAUGCUUACCAACUGAGUGCACCAACAGCACUUGAAAAAAUUGAUGUUCAAACUGAAGAUCCUUUUACACCUGAUAAUUGCCCAUUAUGGGAGCCAUCAGAAUGUUUUUCUGACUAUUCAGAAGCUGUUGUCAAUUUUGAGUCUUCAGAGGCUAGUAAACGAAAAAUUGUGGAAGACAAACCAAAAUAGUAGACAUCAUGAACUAGUCGUGCUAAAAAUGAAAUUGCUAGAAAUAGAAGAAUAGAAUUUAAAAGAAUGAGAAUCUGCCAGAAUCUUCCAAAGAACUACACACCUGUUUUCCUCUUGGAACUUAUCUCCAAAAUUGAAGCUAAAUAUUAAGGUAUUAACCGUAAGUAUUCAAAGAAAACUCAGAAAAAUUCAUGGCACUGCAAUUUAAAAGAAGAAAAUAUUUUGGUAAUGAAUUACCCAGAAUGAACUAUAGCAUAAUUUUCAAUAAAAUAAGAUAAAUUGGUGGAAUUGACUGAGAUGGCAUUGCUCAAUCCUUUACUCCUCUGAGUUUAAUGAAAUAAGUUUUAUUAUUAAACAUAAUUAAAAAUUA